AUGCCAAAGAUUGUUGUUUUGGGAGCUGGUAUCAUCGGUUUAUAUACAACUUUUGAGCUGGUUUAUACCUUGGGAAUUGAUGCUAAAGAAAUCACAAUCAUUGCAGAAUAUUUUCCUGGGGAUCAAUCAAUAAAUUAUACUUCACCAUGGGCAGGUGGGAAUUUUUCAUGUAUAACUUCAGAUGAUUCAGAAACACUUGAAAGUGAUAGAUUCACUUACUCAAAUCUGAAUAGAAUUUAUAAAGUUCUUGGGUCUGGUAAAGGUUUGGCUAUGAUGAAAAGUACUGAAUUAUUUGAUAGACAUCCAAGUGCAGCUAAAUUAGAUUCAUUGAAAAGUUAUUUAAUUGAUUUUGAACCAUUAGAAUCUUUACCAAAUGGUGUUGAAUAUGGUUUCAAUUUCAAAGCAUGGAAUUUCAACUGUCCCCUUUUCCUAUCAAACUUGUUAGAUCAUUUUAUAAAAUUGGGAGUUAAAACAAUCAAUAAAAGGUUAACACAUAUCUCAGAAGCUUAUUAUACAAAUUCUAUCAAAACUGUUUUCAAUUGUACUGGAUUAGGUUCUUUAAAACUUGGUGGUGUUGAUGAUUCAAAAGUUUAUCCAACAAGAGGUCAAGUUGUAGUAAUUCGUGCACCUCAUAUUAAACAAAGUAAGAUGAGAUGGGGUGAAGAUUAUGCUAAUUAUGUUAUUCCAAGACCAGAUUCUGAAGAAGUUGUGUUGGGUGGAUUUCUACAAAAGGGUAAUUGGACUGGUGAUACUCUUAAAAUUGAAACUGAUGAUAUUUUACAAAGAAUGGGAAAACAUAUGCCAGAAAUUUUUGAAAAACCAUUAGAUAUUAUUCGAGUAGCUGCUGGACUUAGACCAAGUAGGCAUGGAGGGGUGAGAAUUGACUUGGAAAAACGAGACAAUGGUCAGACUUUAAUUCAUAAUUAUGGUGCAAGUGGGUAUGGAUAUCAAUCAGGUUUAGGAAUGGCAUCUAAAGCUGUUAAACUUUUCGAAUCUCAAAGGAUAAAAUUGUGA